AGCAGCAGGAACCUGCCUGUGGGAGCUGGAAGCUUCUCUGGGGGCCUGUGGAGGAAGGAGCAACUCCAGCACUGCUGAGAUUUCUUCCACCAGUGUGGUGGCAGGGCCUGGUGCCAAGGUUUGAGAUUUUGACAUCUUGAUGUGAAAUGUCAACAGGAUCUGGUCUUCAUUCCUGCAGCAGAGACAUAGAGAAGAACCAUCAGAGAGAACGACUAUCUCUUCAGUAAAUGUGCCGCAGAAAAAAUAUCACAUAUUGGGGAAAUACAUAAACAUCGUGAAUCGAGGAUCACAGGACAUCACCUACCACCGAGUGAAUAUCCGAGAGAAGUCUUAAACUGAAUGAGACUGUCAAAAUGGCCAAUGGAAAGUGCUUUUAUCUCUUAUAUCAGGCUAAAAACAAUAAUAAAACCAAUAGUAGACAGGUACCAUACAAGUGUAGUAAAUGUGAUAAGUGCUUUUUCCAGAAAGACCAACUUGUGACACAUCAGAGAAUUCAUACAGAAGAGAAACGUUUCAAAUGUAGUCAUUGUGAGAAAUACUUUAUACGUCCUGAUCGUCUUAGAAUACACCAGAGAGCUCAUACAGGAGAGAAACCUUUCAAAUGUACUGAGUGCGGAAAAUCCUAUACAGGUCCGAAUGGUCUCCGAGUACAUCAGAAAACUCAUAAGGCAGAGAAACCUUUCAAAUGUACUGACUGUGGGAAAUCCUUCACGCGUGCCUUUUGUCUUAGAGGACACCAGAGAACUCAUACAGGAGAAAAACCUUACAAAUGUAAUAAAUGUGACAAAUCCUUUGCACGGGUUUCAUAUGUUACAAAUCAUAAGGUUGUUCAUUCAGGAGAGAAACCUUACAAAUGCAAUGAAUGUGAGAAAUCUUUUGCACGUGUCAAAGCUCUUAAAAGUCAUCAGAUAAUUCAUACAGGAGAGAAACCUUACAAAUGUAACGUAUGUGAGAAAUCUUUUGCACGUGACAUAACUCUUAAAAAACAUCAGAUAAUUCAUACAGGAGAGAAGCCUUACAAAUGUAACAUAUGUGAGAAAUCUUUUGCACGUGACAUAACUCUUAAAGGACAUCAGAUAAUUCAUACAGGAGAGAAGCCUUACAAAUGUAAUGUAUGUGAGAAAUCUUUUGCACGUAACAUAACUCUUAAAGAACAUCAGAUAAUUCAUACAGGAGAGAAGCCUUACAAAUGUAAUGUAUGUGAGAAAUCUUUUGCAUGUGCCUCAAAUCUUAAAAAACACCAGAAAAUACAUACAAGAGAGAAACCUUACAAAUGUAAUGUAUGUGAGAAAUCGUUUGCACGUGACACAAGUUUUAGAGAACAUCAGAGAAUUCAUUGACGUUUAUUAUUUUGAGGAAUACUUUGGACAGGUUUCAAUUUUUGAAAACAUCAGAUGCAGGAGAAAAACCUUUCAAGUCUUCGACAAGAUCAGAUCAUUCAUACAGGAGAGAAUAUUGUGUGUGUAGUUAACGUGGUAACGUCUCUAUCUGCCUCUCACUUCUAAGAAUACUUGAAAAACUUCAUACUGGAGAGAAAAGUUUCCGUAGUAAAUAAUGUGACAUGUGAGUUAUUUAAAUCUCUGUUUUUAGAGACCUUCAUAUAUCCUCUCCAUAUAAGAGAAACUUUAUGAUCUUGAGAUAUUUAUGAAAUUGUUAAUAAUUUACUAACAUUAGAAAACAUCAAGUUUAUGUUGAGAAAAAAAUUUUAAUUGUGACAAUGUAGGACAAUUUUUAUUAAACUAUUUUAGCUUUUCAACUUCAAAAAUUGCAUCAAUCGGAAUGAAAAAUGAAGAAGCCUCUACACUGUGCUGUGUUGUAUCAGUUCCCUGGAGACUGGAACCUUCCAUCCUGAGUAGAUGCUGACUAAUCAGAAAAUAAGCACCUCUAACUCAUUUCCAGAAGACCAAAAAUCUGACAAAAUUCACUAUUCUAAACUCUCCUGAAGAAAUGGAGACGACCAUGCUGGUUAGAGGAGUCUCCAACGAAGGAUGCCCUGCAAUCUUUAGAUACUCCUGAGUGUUUGCCGUAUAUUCUGGGUGUCUAGCAUUCAUAAGCUCUUUCAAAUGCAGGGUUGGAAUUUCAUGAUGACAACUAUUUUUCAGUCUGAUUUGUUCCUGUAACCAACUUGCUUCUAUGUUCCUUAAGGUAACCCUAAUGGACAUACUGAUUUAAGAAGACACACUUCACUGGUACCCAUUCUCAGUUCUGUUUUCAUCCCACAGUUUGAGUGAGUAUAUGCAUAUGAGUUUCACAUCAAUUCAGGAAGUUUCUAUCAAAUAAAAUGAGUGGACUUAGUAAUAGUUCCUUCCAAAUUGGGAUACUUCAGAAAGUUGAUGUUAGAGAGAAAGCCUUGAAACGUUUACCCAUGGUAGAUAUGUGCUUCACUGUACCUUAUAAAGUCUACUCUAUAGAACUUCUAAAGUGAAUUGAUGUUGUAAAAAUUUAUUGAUAAAAAGGUAAAGCCUCUGAAAAUUGAUCCUGAAAUAAACCAUCUCCACAAUGUUAAGAAUUUACUGAUAUCCACUUGACAGUAUUGAUUAUGUGAAGAAUACUUACAAGUAGAUCAGGAGGAUGUUAACAUUCUGUCCUGUAAGGUUGACAAUGUUCACAUGUGUAUGUAGCUACAAUAUAUUUAAGAGUGUAAAGGAAAUUGUUUUCUUAGUGCUCAUUUCAGAAAACUAAAUGACCCUAAAGUGGAAAGUACAAAGAAAUACUAAGACAAACAGAUUUAGAUAUUAUACAGUUAAGAAUCAAAUGCAGCAUAUGAAACUGUGACACAUCAGUGAAUGAGAAUUCUUCUUUUUCAGUGACUGAAACUGUGUUUUGGAACUAUGUUUGUAUUGUUAGUAUUGGAUUUAUUCAUAUGUCAGAAUAGUUGUAUAGUUAACCUAUGUAGAAACCACUUUUAGUUUUUGAUCUUUGAUUGUAUUGAUUAUAGCUUUUAAUUCUCAGGGUUUUUUUUUUCUUUAUUCUCCUUUGAAAUAUCAAUAGUGGCCCUUACUAUAGAAUUUGUAUUUCUUUAAUUUUUAUAAUUUUUAAAUGGUUUCCACUGAAAUAGAUUUACAUAACAUCUCCCCUCACCUUCCUCUCUGCACCUCUCAUAUACCAUCCCUUAAUCCUAAUUCAUGUCCCCUCUAUACUGAAGUUGAUAGAAUUUUUUUCUAUCAAUUUAUUUAAAAUGUUUUACUGCAAGUCUGAUUUUUGCCAGUUGCAUAUAUAUGGUAUCAAGAAGACAAGUCUGUUUUUACUGGAAAAACCAUGUAAAAAGGCUCAUCACUGUGAGAUGCUAAUUGUUGGAAACCAUGUAAGGAACAACAAGCAACCUUGGAACUCAAACACAGACUGGCAGCUAGAAAACAAUGCCAACAGAGCAUGGAGAGACAGAUCACUGAGGAUAUGUGUCCUACUGACCUGUUGUACAUCUGAGCAUCAUCUGAGCUGUAUGAAAAACUCUAAGGGUGUGUCAUGCCUCUCAUUGAAUAGUAUUACUGGUACUUAAAAAUUAUUGAAUGAUUCAACCACCACUCUUAGAACUGAAGACAUGUAGAUUGUUAAUAUAGUUAUGUUGCUUUUAUUAAUGACUUCAGUAUAGAAACUACUGGGGAACAAUUUAAUAGUUAGAAAAUGGUUUUUAAGACAGGGUUUCUCUGUAGCAAUGGAGCCUGUCCUAGAACUAGCUCUUGUAGACCAGACUGGCUUUGAACUCAGAUAUUCGCCUUAGAACGUGAUGCUUUCAGUGGUUUGAUGAGAGAGGUGAUUAAUUGAAUUACCCAUUUUGCUCUCAACUUCCUGAUAUGACUUAAUAAAAUUCUGUUAAUAAGUGGAUAUGUAACCUAAAAAUUUCAAAGUGAUAUGGUUGGCUGCUUUACAUUUAUAAAAAAUUAGGAUUGUGAUUAUUUUCAGAUUUUUUUGUAAGAUUACCUUUUGAGAUAAAAUUAAAAUAAUUGAUCUUUUCUUUGUAACAAUGAAAUGAAGCCUACCGGUAAAACAAAAAUUGGCUAAGAAUGAGACCUUGCUUACACUUUGUUAGUCUAUUACAAGCUGCUUAGACAUGAAUGAUUGUGGGUCUGUAAGAAUAAUUUUUUUCAUUUGCAAUAUGUAAAACCUUGAGUCAUGUCAGCAACUGAGAAAUACAUUAUUCUAUUCAUUCUUUCCAUUCACUUUAAGAAUGGAAUGUACCAACACUGCAGUGUUUACUGCUUGGAAGAUUUUGCUAGGUUAUAUAAGCAAUCAGGGAAAAAUUAAAUAGUGAGGGGAGAAAAAUACCAGGAAAGUAUUAGAAGGAAGAUAUCAGGAAAGAAUUAGAAAGAAGUCGUCAGGGAAAACACAAAAGCAAGGCAACAGGAACUGGUAAGGGAGAAUAUAUAGAAGAGAGACCCUGAUGUGUUGCAGAUGUGUGUGUCUAUGCAUUUCCCUUUUCAAAGUACCCAGACGAUUUCAGU